AUCAUGGCCCAAUAAAUAAAUAAACCCUAGAAGCCUUGUUUAGAGACAUCAGAAGCCGAAGUGACUCUUGUCGUCCGUCCGUCCGUACGAAAAUGGAGGUCUGUAGCAGCUCCUCUUCCAUCAUCACUCGUCUCCCUUCGACUUCGAGCAUCAAACGCCAUGGAUAUCUGGCGGGAAACGCUUUCCAUAGAAUCUCUUUUCCUCCCCUCCAGCGAAAAGUUGCCUCUACCGAUCUCAAAUCCCGUCCCCGCACGUUGCGUUGUAGUAGAAAGUUUCCAGGAGAAACAGUCUCUGAAGAAACAUCAACUGGAGUCAAUGAGUUUGGUGUGGAGGAUUGUGAUGGAGCAGUAGAAGACUCGACUAGUGAACCUCAAGCUGUAGACGAGCAGCAGGAAACUCAAUCCCUUGAGUUCUUGAACGAUAUUAAGCUGGUGGACUCAGACAAAACAUAUUCAAUCUUGCUCUAUGGGAGUGGUGCAAUAGUUGCUCUCUACUUGACUUCUGCAAUCGUCACUUCACUCGAAUCAAUCCCUCUGAUUCCGAAGCUAAUGGAAGUGGUUGGUCUCGGAUACACACUCUGGUUCACUACCCGUUACCUGCUAUUUAAGAGGAACAGAGACGAACUCAAGACCAAGGUUGGUGAAAUAAAAAAGCAGGUUCUUGGGUCUGAUAGUGAGUGAUUUGAGUGACGACUAGUUGCUAUUGUUUUUCUUGGCUUGUAGAAAUUUGUUGCUCACAGGUUUUUCGUUUUCCCACUCGUCUUUAUGGAAACAAUUAAUACCUCUUUGGGUAUUUUUGAGAGAAAUGCUUUUUAUGAUUAGAAUUUUAGAAAUGUUCCAAAUAGCAUAUUAUGUACGUGUAUGUGUUUUUUCCAAUGUUAUGGGAUUCGACU